CCUUUUCCGUCCGACGCCGAUCGUCCUCUCUCGAUUUCGAUCUCAUCUCGCCGCAGUGCCGACCGAACCGAUAAUUGUGUUAUUUUCGAGUCGCUGAAAAGGCCGAAAAAGUGUGCUUGCGCUUAACUUGAAUUUGUGCUGGCCAACGGGGAUCGCUUCGAAUUGGCCUUGACUUGCGUGGGGUUGAGCUGGCCGUGAAAAAGCCCGAAACGAAGCCCGAGAAAACGGCGUGAAAAGGUGACCAACAAAAAAAAAGGAAAAGAAGGUGAAACUGUCUUGCUGGCUGGCCGAGUGUCUGUAUGUGUGUGUGUUUGUGUGCGGCGGUGUGUGCAAUUUUUUUCCCCCAUCACUCAAGUCCGCGUGUGUUUUUUCGUGUCCAAUCUGCGCUAGAAUUUGGCCAAAUCCUGCCGAAAAGCAGUUCCUUUUAAAUUAUUUAAAUUAUACAAAACAUUUCUGCUUUUGACGAGCAGCCUUUACAAAACAUUCAGGAUAAAUAACAUAAACGGCUUAUCAAGGCCGUACAAUUAUGGGUUUAAAUGCCAAGAGUGUUUGUUCUACCAGCAGCACUGAGCCAAAUGGCAGCAUAGUCACAACCGCCCCCAGCAACGGAGAAGCCAGCAGCAGCAUUGUCGUCGUCGUCAGCAGCAGUAGUACUAUCAGCAGCAGCAUUAGCCCAACCCCAAAUCCAAAUCCAAGCCCAUCUUCGUCGGCAACUCAGCUAGAAGAAGAGCUACCGGGUACCUCAGCAGCCUCCAAAACAGUCGAGAUGUGCUCUUGUGAUAACCAGAACCUUGCAACAUCCACAGCCGCAACUUCUAAUGGCAAUAAACGUAAACGGCGUUUAAGCAGCGACUCAAACGAAGAUGCUAAGGACCCCGAACUCGGUUUUGAGCCUCCAUCGGCCAAGCGCCAGCAGCGAUUGCCCGCUCUGUACGGUAGCGACCAGGGCAACCUCUCAUCGGUGGCCUCCUCGGUGUACACGUCACCAAUUGUCUCGGUCGAUGGCCAGAGCACCCAGGAGCUGCUCAGUAUACGCAGCUCUCCGGCCGAGGAGCUGCCGGAGGCGCCACACAGUCCGCUGCCGGACAGCCCGGACAGUCCGCCGAGUCCCGAUCGCGGUGCCAAGCUGGCACCCGUGGUGGUACGUUAUGGUGUAGACCAGGUGGUGCCCACCACCACCACAACCACCGUGGUCACGCAAAAGCCGGAUGACGAUGACCUUUUGGAGGACAGCUGCGAGGACUACUCGUACGACGAGGAUGAGGAGGAUGAUGUCGAGGAAGAGGACGACGAGGAGGAGAUAUACUCGUCCACCAUUUCGCCAGCCUCCUCGGGCUGCAGCCAGCAGCAGGCGGUUAAUGGCGAGCGAACUCCUGGCCUCCAACAGCCCCAGCAGCAGAUCCAGCUUCCGGUCAGCGACUUUUUGAUCAAUAUGCAGGCGCCCAACAAGAUUCUGGACGACACGGCGGCCUUUAGCUGCAUGUCGCCGGCGGUGGAGAACGGCCUGCGUAUGUGUCCACUUCCUGCUCUGGCCUGGGCCAAUGCCGCCGAUGUCUGGCGCCUGAUGUGCCAUCGGGAUGAGCAGGACUCGCGGCUGCGCAGCAUCUCCAUGCUGGAACAGCAUCCCGGUCUGCAGCCACGUAUGCGCGCCAUUCUCUUGGACUGGUUGAUCGAAGUCUGUGAGGUGUACAAGUUGCACCGCGAGACCUUUUACCUGGCCGUCGACUAUCUGGAUCGCUACUUGCAUGUGGCGCACAAGGUGCAGAAGACCCAUUUGCAGUUGAUCGGCAUCACCUGUUUAUUUGUGGCCGCCAAGGUGGAGGAGAUCUAUCCCCCGAAGAUCGGGGAGUUCGCCUACGUGACGGAUGGCGCCUGCACAGAGCGGGACAUCCUCAACCACGAGAAGAUUCUGCUGCAAGCGCUCGACUGGGACAUCAGCCCCAUUACCAUCACCGGCUGGCUGGGUGUCUAUAUGCAGCUGAAUGUAAACAAUCGCACCCCGGCCUCGUUCUCCCAGAUUGGCCGACAAAAGGCUGCGGAGGCGGACGAUGCCUUUAUCUACCCGCAGUUCUCUGGCUUUGAGUUUGUCCAGACCUCUCAGCUGCUGGAUCUGUGCACCUUGGACGUGGGCAUGGCCAACUACUCCUACUCGGUGCUGGCAGCGGCCGCCAUCAGUCAUACUUUUAGUCGUGAGGCGGCUUUGCGUUGCUCUGGCCUAGACUGGCAGGUGAUUCAACCCUGCGCCCGCUGGAUGGAGCCCUUCUUCCGGGUGAUCUCCCAGAAGGCCGCCUUCCUGCAGCUAAACGAGCAGAACGAGCAGGUCAGCAACAAGUUCGGCCUGGGCCACAUCUGCCCCAACAUUGUCACCGACGACUCGCACAUCAUCCAAACGCACACUACCACCAUGGAUAUGUAUGACGAAGUGCUGAUGGCCCAGGAUGCGGCGCAUGCGAUGCGCGCUAGGAUUCAGGCCUCCCCGGCCACCGCGCUGCGCGCCCCCGAGAGUCUACUGACGCCACCCGCCUCUAGUCACAAGCCGGACGAGUAUCUGGGCGAUGAGGGCGAUGAGACGGCGGCCAGAAGUGGCAUCUCCUCCACAACCACCUGCUCCGCCACUGCCAGCAGCAACGGCGUCAUGAGCAGCAGCAACAAUCCUGCGACCAGCUGCAGCAGCAGCAGGAGCAAUCGCUGAGAGAUUGGCCGCCCUGCUCUUGGUCAACCAUUCUCUCACACUCACCACACCCGCCCAAACAGUCUCUACGUUAAGUGUUUCUUAUAUUUAAAUUAUUUUUGUUAAGUGAAAAGUUAUUAGUUGCCUAAUUCCUAUGCUAAAAACAUAUUUAAUUUGAAAUUUUCCACGCGCUUUUGUUUCUCAACUCGCGAUAUAUAUUCAUUUUCCUCGCUCAGUUUAAUAUUUAACUUUGUGUAUUUAUAGAAAAUCAGAAAUAUAAUUUUAAAUGUACACUAUCUAUAAAGCACACAAACGUAUAUAUAUAUAUAUAUAUUAUACACCUAAAGUAUAGCAGACAAGGCAAAACUGAAUUAACCAUUAGACUAAUACCUCUUGAAAAGGAGCAAAACAAAGUCCAGCUGAAAGUUGUGCUAUGGUCACAAACUUUGCUGGCGCCUAAAAAAUGAAACACAAAAAAAAGCUAGGUUCGCAAUCAAACAUGUCCAGCUGUCAACCAGUCAGUCAGUCAUUCAAUAUCAAUCACCGAGAGCCCAAUUAACAAAACUAAAAUUAAAACUGACGAAAAUGAGAGGGUCAGCGGCGGCCCAGAGCAGAUUACUUGACUAACCAACUAAAAUUAGCAUUUAAGUCGAGGGAAUCCAACUAAAUCUACUAAUGCUGAACACUGCAUUUCAUUCGACAAUUAAUCCUACUAACAAUGAAUCAACAAACACAAGACAAGUCCAUAGCUGACAUGGAGUGACAAAGAAAAUGGCAAUUGAAGAAUAUCUGAGUUAUACACAUGAAUUGAACAGACUAUAUAAACACAAGUGCAUGUAUGAAUAUAUACGUCAAUGUAACAUUUUUUUUAAUUUAGACUAAUUUGCCAUAAUUUGCUAAGCAAAUAAAUCCUGUACAUAAAGCAAAACAAACACAAAACGCACAAAAACAAGAAUGAACCGUAACUGAAACGCAUAUAAUAUAUUAUUAUAUAAGUGUACAAUUCUAUAUAUGGCUUACACAAUUUUAUGUACAUUCAAAAGGCAACAACGCAAAGUAGAAAAAUAUUAUUAUUCGUUAGUUUAGGAAUAAAUAACAUGUAAGUGUUCAUAAGAUUAAGGCUGGAAUUAAAACAGAAAACAAACAAAAACAGCAACUAAAAGAAAAGCAAACAAAAAAAUCUAA